AUGGCUUCCACCAAUCUCCUGCCAAUUAUGAUGGAUAAUCUCUAUUCCAUGGAUGACAGACUAAAAAGGGGAGCGCCCCUUUUGCUGCUUGAAGAUGCCUAUGAGAACCCUAUUGUUGUUGAUGAGCCGAUGCCUGAGGCUACCUCUGUGAUCGAACCUGCAUCCAUAUCUAGGUGUUGCAUUGAGGAUGGCUUAUUCCCAGUUGUCCCUUUAUUUUUUCAGGCGCAAGUACUUGAUGCAAUUUUCCUCUCCAAAAUGUGUGACAUUCAUGUUGAAGCAAAGAUGCUCCGCCAUGUGGUCAGGAGGUGGAGUUCCGAGACUCAGACCUUUAUAUGUUCAUGGGGGGAAUUUACCCCCACUUUCGAGGAUGUGGGAAACACUUGCCGCCUCCCUAUUUGUGGUAAUUGGAACCUCUUUGACAUUGCUUUAACCCCAGAGGACAUGGACAAGCUUGAGGUUCUGCAAAAAGGGGCUCCAAGUUUCCCCAGCACCUCGCUUCGAUUAAGCAACUGGGUACAAUAUUUCGGGGAUGCAAACAAACAGGGACCUUGCUGGCUUGCUGCAUUUAUUUCGCUAUGUUUUGGGAGAUUUAUCUUUUGUGACUUCUCUCGAGAUUGCCUACAUGAGCGAGUAUUCCCUUUGGCUUUGGCUAUAGCCCGAGCAGGAACCAUAGGUGUGGAGACUCUUUUGAACUCUGGUUUUUUACAGGUAUUUUUGUGGGAACGCCUCAAAGGAUUGGAUGUGUACCCACUCCCCUAUUUGCAUACUAGGCGGCUUGCUGACUCUGGCAAGGGUUCCUACAUGUCGAACAAACUCCCCUUGAUCUGUAGGUGGUUUAAGCGAAUGCAGAGGAAAGGCCAAAAUUUCCUAAAGUUAUUGGACAACAUUCAAAACUUUAUCUUCCGUCCUUAUGGUGUUUUAGCAGAGGCAUUCACUUAUGUGCCCUUUUAUGCUGAUGUUGAGGGCACAGUCGAGAUCUCUGUGGUUUACUCACCACAUCGGGUUAGACGACAAUUCGAGCUUGACCAGGGAGUGCCAAUCAGUCUUAACCAUAGUGACCCAUUCUUGCUUCACAGGGUCUUUUGGAGCAGUGGUAACGUGCCGGAUGACAGCAGGCCCCUUAUCUUAGCCGGCAAGGGAAGAGUCGGCGGCUUCUUACCGGGUUAUCAAGCCUAUUGGAACCGUUGCCUUGCUUCUUUUCGUGAAUUCCAGUCCUUCCACUAUGAUAGAUUACUUCCUUCAACAGCUCGUCAUGCUGGUCUAGUGUUGGAAGAGAAAGCUAUUCCGCUAAGCGAGAAACGCAACCUGCCUUUUAUAUCCAAAUGUGGUGACAUUGUUGGGGAAUUUUUGAAGUCAAGACAAAAACUGGGAACGCGGAGUCCUCGCAGUUCCGGAAAAAGCACGGUGCUGGUGUCGAGAAAACGGAAGCGGGAGGAAAACUAUAGUGCGAAGAAGAAGCAAGCUGCCAAUAAAUCUAGAAGGUUCAUUCCCAAAGUAGCAUCAAGUGGCCCUCCCCCAACCAUAGAAACAACUCCCCCUGGACAUCUACAACUUCAAAUGUUCACAGCAUUCAGGGGUCGCGAUCGAGCUGGCAAGACGCCAAAAACUGCUCUUCUUCGCAGAAAAGUAUGUACUGCCCCAAGGAGGAAAGGAAAUGAUGCAGCUCCUAUAAUCCCACACGCAACCCCAAAACGUCACAGCAUGAGUAUGCUACAUGCCAGGUUCACUGGUUCCCGUACGAGCAAUAGUGGAGCUUCUGAAGCUGGAACUAAGGCCAUGACCUUGGGUUUUCAGGUAGACUUUCUCCUGAACUUGGUGAGAGAUUUAGCACGUGCUGUGUUUUGGGCGCGGGCCAUCCAUAGUAUGGGAUCAUUUCCCGGCCCUAAUGAGAUAAAAGCAGCAGCAAACACCUUGAACCUUAAGCAACUUGAGCUAGAGAACCAGUGUCGGGAGCUGCAUGCCCUUAUUCUUGCCAAAGGUGUUUCUGCUGACGGCGCUGACUGCGUGGCGGAGGAAGCAGCUAGAUAA